AUGCUCUCUUCACAACAGUACCUUCCAAGUCUUUUUGUGAGAACAUUUGUUGAAAAAGCGGCUGAAUCUGCUAAGCAGGCAACAGAGAAGGCAGUUGCAAAUGACAAAAAGCCAGAAGAGAAGCCAAAGCCAACAAUUCAAGAGUUAGAAGCCCAAAUUAAGGAUAUUAGAAACAGAAAUCUCUUCCUCUUAGCAGAAGUAGAGAAUGCAAGACGCAGAUUUGCCCGUCUUGAAGUAGAAAUGGAAACAUAUGCUGUUUCAAAGUUGGCCAAAGAUUUACUUCCUGUUGCAGAUAACAUGGGACGCAUUAUUAAUAGUGGAGCAAAGCAGAACGUGAAAGAUGUCAUUGAAGCUGUCAAACUCGUUGAUGCCGAAUUUCAUAACAUUUUCAAGCGCUUCAAGAUAGAAAAGAUUGUUUCCAAAGGACAGAAAUUCGAUCCUCAGUAUCAUGAUGCCAUUCAAAUGAUAGACACACGUGGAUCAGCUCCUUCUGGUACAAUCAUCGAUUGCACUACCGAAGGAUAUAAGAUUGACAAGAGGUUGCUUCGUGCUGCCAAAGUUAUUGUUGCAAAAUAA